UCAGACGUCAGUCUCAUGUGCGAGCCUUGAGGGAACGCAAAAUUUAAAUUAUUCUUCGAGGAGUUCCUACACGGAGGGGUACUUUGUGUUGUGGUUUUGAGGUUAACCUGUUAUAUUUUCGUACAAUAAAACAACAUUGAUAGUAUAGUAUCUAUCAUUAAUGAAUAAUUGAACAACGGUUUACUAAAACAGCAUUUGAUUAAUUACUCUGCAGCUAAAAUUACAUGUAUUAAAAACCAAUAAGCACUUAAAACUUUUGAAGUUUACAAUAUAGAAAUAAGUGAAGUUAAAAUGGAAAAUGGAAGGACAAAAACUGAGUAUUUCAACCUUAAGAAAAUGCCACACAUCGUUAAAGCACUUGAUCGGAAUCAAAAAGUACACCCAAAUGUGUUGCAUGCAAUUGGAAAUACACCACUUGUAAAAUUAUCUAAAAUACCAAAAGAAGAAAAUCUGAAAUGUGAUGUUUAUGUAAAAUGUGAAUUCAUGAACCCUGGUGGUUCUGUGAAAGAUAGAAUAGCAUAUAGAAUGGUACUUGAUGCAGAGGAGAAGGGUAUAUUAGUACCGGGCAAGUCAGUUAUUAUUGAACCCACUUCGGGCAAUACUGGAAUUGGUCUUGCACUUGCCGCUGCUGUUAGAGCGUACAGGUGCAUAAUAGUGUUGCCGGAGAAAAUGUCAGAUGAAAAAGUGAACACGUUAUUGGCAUUAGGGGCAGAAAUUAUUAGAACACCCACAGAAGCAGCCUCUGAGUCACCAGAGAGUAAUAUAAUGGUCGCUAGGAAGUUGGCAAAGGAGAUACCAAAUGCAGUCUUACUUGAUCAGUAUAACAAUGUGUGCAACCCCUUAGCACACUACGACAGCACGGCUGAAGAGAUCCUGUGGUCCCUGGACGAUGAUGUGGACAUGGUGGUGGUAGGAGCUGGCACUUGCGGCACCAUCUCCGGCGUCGCCCACAAGAUCAAAGAGCGCUGCCCGAAGUGCGUGAUAGUGGGCGUAGACCCUUACGGCUCCAUUCUUGCCCAACCUGAAGAGUUGAACACCAGUGAUGUUCAAGUUUAUGAGGUGGAAGGUAUUGGAUAUGAUUUCCUACCGCGUGCCUUGGACAGAAAGGUGAUUGAUAAAUGGAUAAAAACAGAGGACAGUACCUCGCUGCCGAUGGCCCGGCGUCUCAUCAAAGAAGAGGGGCUGCUGUGUGGAAGCAGCAGUGGAUCAGCAAUGUGGGGCGCAGUGCAAGCAGCUAAAUCUCUGCGCGAGGGUCAAAGAUGUGUGGUGAUACUGCCCGACAGUAUACGAAACUAUAUGACUAAGUUUAUAUCUGACCAGUGGAUGGAGGCCCGCCACUUCAAACCGCUGCCCAAGAAUGACAAAUUAUGGUGGUGGAAUCAGUAUUUGACGGAAGACAUAUAUCAGCCAGUUACUACGUUACCUCAGUCGAGCUCGCCGUGUGAAGCACUCAACUCCCUCCGUAAGGCCUCCUCUAAAAUAUUGGCUGUGGUCAACGACAAGGGAUCAAUACAAGGCGUAUUCACAGCUGAUAACGUCAGACGUCGGCUAGCGAACUUGACGGGAUCCAUGGCCGAUACUCUGGACAAGUUUAUAGUGAAGAAGUAUUACAAAGUGGAGCUGAAGAACAAACCAACUUUGGGGGACAUCUCGCGGAUCCUCGAUAUAUCUCCGUACGUCGUUGUCACAAGCAAAGAUUCCAUAGGCAUUCAAAAACCAGUGGGAAUUUUAAGCUCCGAGGACUUGUUACUGUAUAUAUCUGCGAAUGGGAAACAUGCAAACGGCAAAUGAUUGUCUAGAACAAAAUCUAUACAUUAUAAUAUCAAUUUACAAUUAUUUUUAAUUUAAAAUCUAUUAUAUCGUUGAGGUGAUUUUAUAGGUUAUAUAGACAUAUAAUAUUUGUUUGAAACAAAUACAUACUCACACAAAAUAUUUUUGUUAAAACAAAUAAAACUUAGUAGAUUAUGAAGAUUACAAAAAAGGUAUUUUAUUGAUACUAGCUUAAGCUAUUUACUUGACUAAUUAUUAUUACUUGUCAAGGUAGGGAAUGUAUACAGUAUGUGUACUAACAGUACUAAAAGUAUGAUAAAUACUUAUGGUGCAUUUAAAUGUUUUAUAAAAUUUCUACUAAACUGCAAGUUUGUUGGAUUGUUAAAUAAUAAAACAUUAUUAUUGC